AGCUCCUGGAGGUGGUGGCAGUGGCAACCCUCGCUGGUCCAUACCAUGGCCACCUGCUGGCAGGCCCUGUGGGCCUAUCGUUCCUACCUGAUCGUGUUCUUCCUACCCAUUCUCCUGCUGCCUCUUCCCAUCCUUGUCCCCAGUAAGGAGGCCUACUGUGCGUAUGCCAUCAUCCUCAUGGCGCUCUUCUGGUGCACUGAAGCCCUGCCCCUGGCUGUCACUGCCCUCUUCCCCAUCAUCCUGUUCCCUAUGAUGGGCAUCGUGGAUGCCUCUGAGAUUAUUCAGAGACCAUUUCCAUUCAGUUUCGAGAGCCCAGGGGAAUGGCAGUCUGUGGGAAUGUCAGUGACUGAAUCCCAUAAGCUCAGGGGCACCGUGGGAGACUGCAGGGUCUUCCCCCCGCUCAGCCGUGUCUCCGCCUGCCAGGUUGCCAUCGAGUAUCUUAAGGACUCCAACAUCCUGUUUGUCGGGGGGCUGCUGGUGGCCAUCGCAGUGGAACACUGGAACCUGCACAAACGCAUCGCCCUCUGGGUCCUCCUCAUCGUUGGGGUGCGGCCUGCCCUGCUAAUGCUGGGCUUCAUGCUGGUCACGGCCUUCCUGUCCAUGUGGAUCAGCAACACGGCCACCUCGGCCAUGAUGGCGCCCAUCGCACAUGCCGUCCUGGACCAGCUGCACAGCUCACAAGCCAGCAGGAACAUCGAGGAGGGCAGCAACAACCCCACCUUCGAGCUCCAGGAACCAAGUCCCCAGAAGGAGGCGACCAAACCUGAUAAUGGGCACGCCCUCCCUGUCACAUCUGCUCCUUCGGAAGAGAGGGCACAUCUCAGCCAGGAGCAUCUCCGCCUCACCCAGUGCAUGAGCCUGUGCGUGUGCUACUCUGCCAGCAUCGGGGGCAUCGCCACACUGACUGGCACCUCACCCAACCUGGUGCUGCAAGGCCAGAUCAACGCGCUCUUCCCCCAAAACGGCAACGUGGUGAACUUCGCCUCCUGGUUCAGCUUCGCCUUCCCCACCAUGGUCAUCUUGCUGCUGCUGGCCUGGCUGUGGCUACAGAUCCUCUUCCUGGGCUUCAACUUCCGGAAGAACUUUGGCACUGGGGAGAAGAUGCAGGAGCAACAGCAAGCAGCCUACUGCAUCAUCCAGACCGAGUACAGGCUGCUGGGCCCCAUGACCUUUGCAGAAAAGGCCGUCAGUGUCCUGUUCGUCAUUCUGGUGCUGCUCUGGUUCACCCGGGAGCCGGGGCUUUUUCUUGGCUGGGGCAACCUCGCUUUUCCCAAUGCCACGGGGGAGAGCAUGGUGUCCGAUGGGACAGUGGCCAUCUUUAUUGGCGUAAUUAUGUUCGUCAUGCCCUCCAAGUUCCCAGGGCUGACCCAGGACCCAGAAAACCCAGGGAAGGUGAAGGCGCCUCUUGGCCUCCUCGAUUGGAAGACAGUGAAUCAGAAGAUGCCGUGGAAUAUCGUGUUAUUGCUGGGUGGUGGCUAUGCCCUGGCCAAGGGCAGUGAGCGAUCGGGCCUGUCCAAGUGGCUGGGAAACAAGCUGACCCCACUGCAGAGUGUGCCAGCUCCAGCCAUUGUGGUCAUCCUCUCCCUCCUGGUGGCCACCUUCACCGAGUGCACUAGCAACGUGGCCACUACUACGCUCUUCCUGCCCAUCCUAGCCUCCAUGGCCCAGGCCAUCUGCCUUCACCCUCUCUACGUCAUGCUCCCCUGCACUCUGGCCUCCUCUCUGGCCUUCAUGCUGCCUGUGGCCACCCCGCCCAAUGCCAUCGUCUUCUCUUUCGGGGGACUCAAAGUGUUGGAUAUGGCCCGGGCGGGAUUCCUGCUCAACAUCAUUGGAGUCCUGGUCAUCACACUGGCCAUCAACAGCUGGAGCAUCACCAUCUUCAGCCUGCACUCCUUCCCCUCCUGGGCUCAGGCCAACACCACAGCCCAGUGCCUGCCCAGCCCGGCCAACACCACCAUGCCAAGCCCCUAGGCUGGGGCGCAGCCCAUGGGCCAUGUCCAGGAAGACCUACCCCGUUCCCACUCCUCUGAGCUGGGAGGGGACACCCCAAGCUCCCAGCUCCAGGCCAAUGGCUGAGAGAAAGGCACAUGUGUGCCUUUCUCUUGUGUGUCUGUAAGGAAUGUGUGUAUGCUCAAUUUCCUAUGUGGCAGAAGAAAAGGUGUGUGCGUGCAUGCGUGUGUGUGUGUGUGUGCGCGCGCAUAUGGGUGCACCUGCAUGGAUGGGAGGGGUGUGUGAUGUGAGGCUAUCUGAGGGGGGCUGUGUGCAAUGCACAUGAUCCUAGGCGUGUAUGCUGGAUAAUGCACAUGUGUGUGUUCACAGACAAUACGACGUGUCCUCUCUCGUGCCCUAGGUCUUGGUCUCCCCAGUUUAGUGACCAGACUUAUUUGCACUGUAUUUAUUGGAACUCAGGCUUGGAGUGGCCUGGGAGGAGGGCCUGCCAGCAGCUGCCAUGGGAACAGCCUCUGGGACUG